CUUUUCUAUUUUCUUAAUCCACCGCGGACCGGCACCCUAUAUAAUUCAUAAGCGAAUGUGUAAUUUAUUCUUUAGCAGGCCGUGAGAGGGAUCUGGAUUUCGUUGCUCUCCUCGCCAUUCCUUCCAUUAACAACAACGCCUAUCUUGGGUUUUAAGGCAGAAGGGGUAGAGAUGCUGGUGGACGAGGGAGCGGCGGCGGUGGUGGCGAUCGAGUGCGUGGCGGGGAGCAGCAACGCGGAUGAGUGGAGUGGCGGCGGGGAGGCGCUGCUGCAGACGGGGGAUGUUGUGGAGCAGAUCAAGAUCGGGAACUCCCCCGCCGUCCGAUCUCCGUUCAAGGGCGGGCGUGCCGGCGUCCUGAAGCUCCUCCACGCCGCCUUCAAGCGCCGCGACACCUCUAUCUACGUCCGCGCCCGCCGGGCCGGCGGCAACGACGCCGCCGCCGCCGCCGCCGUGGAACUCCAGGCCUGCAUCAUCCCCCACCCCGCAGCCGGCCGCCGCCAGUAUGUCCUCCGCUCCCUCCAAGACCCUAACUACGCCGUCGGCUUCGUCGACCGCUCCGAGAGGGAGUGCAUCGCCAUCCAAGGCUCAAGGAGCUCAAGGGUGAUCAGCGCACUGAGCAAAGCCCAGCUCCAAGACGGUUAUGUGUCAUAUCCUUGGGAGAAGAAGAUGAGGGAGUCACUGUCCAUUCCAAAUUCGAGCUGCUUCCUGUCGCUGCUCGUACUGCCCAAGGCAUCGGACCCUUCGGCCACUCGCUACAACUCUCUAGAGGACACCUUGGCCCGAGCCAAUGCUUGGCUCAAUUCCUGCCAGGCGUCUGGGGUUCCCAUUGUGUUCAUGAAUAUCCAGACUGAGGCCCUACUCACCAAGAUCUCUGGAGAGACAGCUUCCUCUACCGUAAACAUGGGAUCACUGGCCGACCUCUCAAACUUGGCGAACGUAAGCCUGUAUGGUUUUGAGGAUUACCAUGGUGUGGACAUUGGGGUGGUGAGGGCAGUUCGGCUCUGGUACACUCCAUCUGCAGGGGAAAUGGCAGUGGAGAUCAAGCUACAGGAAGGCGAUACCAGGCUGGGGUUUGCAAUUAGUCGCACCGAAGAGGGUUUUAUAUACAUAUCAUCAGUAACAGAAGAUGACAGCAUGGAAGCGGCUGCAACUCGAUCAGGCCUGAGGGAGCUGUAUAAAGAAGCAGCAAGAGCGUCGAAGUUGUUGGUGAUCUCGAGGGUUGGGAACGAGAAGGUCGUCCCAUGGAUGGUUUCCACCUCCGGAGCCGUCCGAUGCUUUGACACAGUCUCUCUCAGCCAAAAGCUAUCGCUGCACCGCCAUGCACUGAGGCCCAUUUUACUCCACGUGUUCAUGUGGGAGACGUCUCCAUCCAAUCUCAGCAGAGGGGUUGAACGUUAUGAAUUAGCUCUGGCACCUCCACCAUCCUCUGUGCUGCCACCUCCAGCAGAUGAAGUAACGAGGGGUUUGGUCUUCCGGGAUGGAUCCGAGGCGGGGCUCGGUAGGGACACGGCAGGGGAUGUGUCCUUUAGAUUCCACAACUUCGCGCUUCCAAAUAAUUGGGUCUGAUCUCCUUCGACUAUGCCAGCUUAUACUAUGUACAUAUGGAGUGAUCUGUGAGAAGGCCCUUGUCUCCACGUCAGCUGUUACCGUUUCUCCCCUUUGGUGCUUCAUGCAUUCGUGAGGAGAUUUUAUGGAAGCUGAGGAUCAGCUAUCUAGCUUUGAUGUGUCUUAAAAUCCUGGGUAUGUAUGUGCGUCACCUGGUUCCUGAACCAGUUUGGUAGAGGGUUCUCGAGUUCUAAAGAGAAUAAGCUUAUGUACAGUAAUGCAACGUCGCCUGGUUCCUGUUGUAGAUUGAAGCUAGAACCAGUUUGUUAGAGGGUUCUUGAGUUCUAAAUAGAAUAAGCUUUUGUAAUUGUACAGUUAUGCACACCUCAUCUUGAUCCAUUUUGGCUACACACUAAUGUAGCAAGUAAAUGUUAGAAGUACUUAGUUGGCUGUUUGCA